AAGUAGCACGGAUUGCUCAUCCGAUCCGUGCAGCCGCAGCCAGUGUGUCAAGUUACAGAGGCGCCGGAAUCGGCCCCAGCGCUCCUCGGCAGCGGCCACGACCCACCUCUGCCCAUGGGGCCCUCCAUGUGCGCCCCUUCGCCCGGGGACUGAAACUGGCUCGCCCAGGAGAGGCGAGACACCCAGAAGGACUGACAGCCAGGCGACAACUGCUCUGCAGUUACUCGAAGGGAAAGACGGGGCGGAGAGAAGGAAAGCCGACCAGAAUCCCCUGACUUUCUUGGACUUGGAACAUUCUUCGAAAUAACUUUUAUCUCACCUUGGUAUACCCUAAUUACUGCUGGUUGUGUUUUUUUUGGCAUUUCCCCUCCUGCUGCUAAUUUUCCCUUCCUAUUUGCCGGGAGCAAAGGAAAGGGACGUUUCCCAGCGACACAAGCCCUUUCACCCUGCCCCGCAGUUUGGAUCGAGCCUUUUAGCAGCGGCUCUCGCCUUUAUUUAUUCUAUUUAUUUAUUUAUUGGUUCUCAAGACGAGGGGAUGGCAGCGGAGCGCGCCCACAAAGCGGCAGCCUCGGGUGUCCGCGGCCCUGGGGAGCUGGACGCGCCGGGGACGGUGGCGCUAGCUACGGCGCGGGCGGAGCGCAGCGCGCGGCUGCCGGGCCCGGGGUCGUGCGGGCUGCUGGCUCUGGCCCUCUGCUCGCUGGCACUCAGCCUGCUCUCUCACUUUCGGACCGCGGAACUGCAGGCCCGGGUGCUGCGCCUGGAAGCAGAGUGCGGGGAGCAGCAAAUGGAAACGGCUAUUUUGGGACGAGUCAACCAACUGCUGGACGAGAAAUGGAAGCUCCACUCUCGGAAGCGCCGGGAGGCCCCGAAGACGUCUCCAGGAUGUAACUGCCCACCAGGACCUCCUGGUCCUACUGGAAGACCCGGACUCCCAGGGGAAAAAGGUGCCAUUGGGAUGCCUGGACGUGUGGGAGUAAAGGGCCAACCAGGAGAGAAGGGGGCCCCCGGAGAUGCUGGGCUGUCCAUCAUCGGUCCCCGAGGCCCCCCUGGUCAGCCAGGUACUCGAGGUUUUCCUGGAUUUCCGGGUCCCAUUGGACUGGACGGCAAACCGGGCCACCCGGGACCAAAGGGGGAGAUGGGUCUGACAGGCCCCCGAGGACAGCCGGGACCUCAAGGACAAAAAGGAGAAAAGGGGCAGUGUGGAGAGUACCCACACCGGCUGCUGCCUCUCCUCAAUUCAGUGCGACUGGCGCCACCCCCAGUCAUAAAAAGGAGGACCUUCCAGGGUGAACAGGGCCAGACCGGCAUCCAAGGUCCACCAGGGCCCCCAGGCCCCCCUGGACCGAGUGGACCUCUGGGGCACCCAGGACUGCCAGGGCCCAUGGGCUCACCCGGCUUACCUGGGCCUCCUGGACCUAAGGGAGACCCAGGAAUCCAGGGCUACCAUGGCCGGAAGGGAGAACGGGGCAUGCCAGGGAUGCCGGGCAAGCAUGGCACCAAGGGGGCUCCGGGAAUCGCCGUGGCUGGGAUGAAGGGUGAGCCGGGGACCCCAGGAAUCAAGGGCGAGAAGGGGGCUGCGGGAUCCCCUGGGCUGCCUGGCUUCCUGGGGCAGAAGGGAGAGAAAGGCGAUGCUGGCAACUCCAUUGGAGGAGGCAGAGGGGAGCCCGGCCCCCCAGGGCUCCCUGGGCCCCCAGGACCAAAGGGAGAAGCAGGUAUCGAUGGCCAGGCUGGCCCCCCAGGACGGCAAGGAGACAAGGGGGAGCCUGGAGCAGCUGGAGAACAGGGACCAGCUGGCCCCAAGGGCUCCAAGGGAGAACCAGGGAAAGGAGAGAUGGUGGAUUACAACGGGAACAUCAACGAGGCACUUCAGGAGAUCCGAACGCUGGCCUUGAUGGGCCCUCCUGGUCUUCCUGGGCAAAUUGGACCACCCGGACCUCCAGGCCAGAAGGGGGAGAUUGGACUGCCAGGCCCUCCAGGACACGAUGGGGAAAAGGGACCUCGAGGCAAACCAGGAGACAUGGGCCCCCCUGGUCCCCAAGGCCCCCCAGGAAAGGAGGGCCCUCCAGGAAUGAAGGGAGAAAGCGGGCACUCAGGAGAGAAGGGAGAGAAAGGGGAUGCUGGAGACACAGGCUCGCCGGUUUCUGGGCCACCAGGGCCAGAGGGGCCUCCCGGACCUCCGGGGCUCCAAGGUGUUCCCGGACCAAAGGGCGAAGCAGGGCUGGAUGGAGUGAAAGGAGAAAAGGGUGUCCAGGGAGAAAAAGGAGACCGAGGGCCCCUGGGACUACCUGGUACUCCAGGACCAGUUGGAGUUCCAGGCCCAGCAGGACCAAAGGGUGAAAGGGGCAGCAAAGGAGACCCUGGGAUGACAGGACCAACGGGAGCAGCUGGGCUUCCUGGUUUACAUGGACCACCCGGGGACAAGGGAAACCGGGGGGAGAGGGGGAAGAAAGGCUCUAGAGGGCCUAAAGGGGAUAAGGGAGACCAAGGAGCGCCUGGAUUAGAUGCCCCCUGCCCAUUGGGUGAAGAUGGCUUACCAGUCCAGGGCUGCUGGAACAAGUGAUGCCUCUAACCUUGGAUUGGCCUGUGUGUGUUUGUAUAUAGAAUAUUUAUUUUUAUACAGUUUUCACUUUUUGAAAAUGCCAGAAGUAUGAUGCAUCUUACAGAUUAUUAAAAAAGAAAAAGAAAAACCUGCAUAUUUUGUACAGAAAAUAUCAACCUCUUCCCUUUUGUUUACAAGAUGUUUUGUAUAAGUCUAUGUUUCUAAUACACUUUUUGUUUGUGAAUAUGGUUGCGAUGUUUGCAUGAUAUUUGUGCACAAUUAUUAAGUAUUGAAGCUUAAUAAAUUAUUGUGUCCCAGUGCCAAAGGGGGCUCAGUGCUGGCUAGCUUACAUGUGUAUUCACAUAAAGGUGAGUGUCCACGAUGUUUCCCAAGCUACAUGUGUCCAAGAAUAUUUUAAGAAUAAUUGGGCUGGACUUUCAUUAUUUAAAAAAA